AUUGGCAAUCUCCCUACUCAUCUCUGGUAAGACCGUGGUUUUGAGUAUAUGGUGGCGACAAACGUUAUUUGAGGUUAUGUUUCACUUAUAAAGUUUACUUCUCUUCGAGUACAAACUAUUUCUAUAGUUAUUCCAUAAAAAAUCAUGGCCGAAGAAGUGGAAAAAUUAGAGCACCUUUCGUUGGUGUCAAAAAUAUGUACAGAACUGGAAAACCAUUUGGGAAUGAACGAGAAAGUUUUAGCCGAAUAUAUUAUACACUUGGCAGAGAAAAACGACACUUUUGAGAGCUUCAAGAAAGUCCUUCUUGAAAAUGGAGCUGAGUUUUCAGAUUCGUUUAUGGCAAAUCUUUUACGCAUUAUUCAACAUAUGAAGCCACCAAAAGGUCGAUCGGCAGGAAAAUCUCAAGGUCCAAAUGCACCAAAGGAUGACUUAGCAGAUAAAUUUCCAGGUUUGGCAAUACCAAAUGAGAAGUUAGCGAAGAAAGAAAAUGACGAAGACAUUGUGAAUGAUGCAAUGGCUUCAUUGGAAGCUUUUGCACCAUCAAGCUCAAAACCUAAUGAAUCAGACUCACGUAAAGUUAAAACUGAGAAAGCAUCAGAUAUUGAUGAUGGUUCAGACAAUAGACAUCGAAGAAAUCGCUCUAGGGAUAGACGAAGACAUCGUUCUAGAUCACCCAACAAUCGAAGGGAUCGGCGACAUAGAUCUAGAUCACACUCAAGGAAACGUCAUAGGUCACGUGGUCGGGGUAGAUCUAACGAACGCAGAAGAUCCCAAGAACGAAGACGAUCUCAAGAAAGAAGAAGGUCCCGGGAUCAUAGAAGAUCACGAUCCCACGAUCGAAGUAGAUCACGUUCGCGUGAUUAUAAGAGAUCACGUUUCCCCAAGCCAUCUGUCGUUGUUGGACACAAGAAUUCACACAAUAUAAAGGAUUCAGAGGAAGAUGUAGGGCAUGAGUCAAAUCGUGCAAUAGCUGAAAGGAAAGUUGAAGAGGAGGAGACACGUCUCAGGAAUCCUGAUAGACCAACAUCCUUGCUUGAGCUUCAAGGACACCUGGAUGAAGAUGAGACAUACUCAAGAAAACGUGUUCAGAGAUUAUCCUCACCAGAAAAGUGGGAAAUCAAGCAGAUGUUGGCAGCUUCCUGUAUCGAUAGGAGCGAACUGCCUGAAUUUGACAUGGAAACAGGGAUCUUGCCUCGAGAAGACGACGAAGAGGAAGAUGUCGAAAUUGAAUUAGUCGAGGAGGAACCGCCAUUUCUACAUGGACAUGGUAGAGCCCUAGCAGAUCUCAGUCCUGUUAGGAUUGUAAAGAAUCCAGAUGGUUCCCUGGCUCAAGCAGCAAUGAUGCAAAGUGCCCUAGCCAAGGAGAGACGCGAACAGAAAAUAUUACAAAGGGAACAAGAAAUGGAUUCUGCACCCACUGGACUCAACAAGAACUGGAUCGAUCCUUUACCAAAUGCGGAGAGUAGAACUUUGGCAGCAAAUAUGAGGGGUAUUGGUUUACAAACUCAAGAUCUUCCUGAAUGGAAGAAACACGUAAUCGGUGGGAAAAAAUCCUCAUUUGGCAAAAAGACAAAUUUAACUCUUCUUGAGCAACGGCAAAGUCUGCCAAUUUAUAAACUUCGUGAAGAUUUGGUAAAAGCUGUAACCGACAAUCAGAUCCUUAUCGUUAUUGGUGAAACGGGGUCUGGAAAGACCACACAGAUAACACAAUAUCUAGCAGAAGCUGGUUUCACUGCUCGUGGAAAGAUUGGUUGUACACAGCCUAGAAGAGUUGCAGCCAUGUCAGUGGCUAAAAGAGUGGCAGAAGAAUUUGGUUGUCGACUAGGACAAGAAGUUGGAUAUACUAUUCGUUUCGAAGAUUGUACUGGGCCAGAAACUAGCAUAAAAUAUAUGACAGACGGUAUGCUGCUUCGAGAGUGUCUCAUGGAUCUUGAUUUAAAAACUUAUUCCGUUAUAAUGUUGGAUGAAGCUCAUGAGAGAACAAUUCAUACAGACGUACUAUUUGGCCUUUUAAAACAAGCUGUAGGACGGCGACCCGACUUAAAAUUAAUAGUUACCAGUGCAACUUUGGAUGCUGUAAAAUUUUCACAAUAUUUCUUUGAAGCUCCAAUUUUCACUAUUCCUGGUAGGACCUUCGAAGUCGAGGUUAUGUACACAAAGGAACCAGAAACAGAUUACUUGGACGCUGCGCUUAUAACAGUAAUGCAAAUUCAUUUGCGAGAACCUCCUGGUGAUAUUUUACUUUUCUUAACUGGUCAAGAGGAAAUUGACACAGCAUGUGAGAUUCUCUAUGAACGAAUGAAAUCUCUUGGCCCGGAUGUUCCUGAAUUAAUUAUUCUUCCUGUGUACUCGGCAUUGCCUUCGGAAAUGCAAACAAGAAUUUUCGAACCAGCACCACCCGGGUCACGAAAAGUCGUUAUCGCGACAAAUAUCGCAGAGACUAGUUUAACGAUCGAUGGCAUUUAUUACGUCGUUGAUCCUGGUUUUGUUAAACAAAAAGUUUACAAUUCCAAAACUGGAAUGGACAGUCUUAUAGUAACACCAAUUAGUCAAGCUGCUGCUAAGCAACGUGCUGGACGUGCAGGUAGAACCGGACCUGGGAAAUGUUAUCGACUUUAUACGGAGCGAGCUUACAGAGAUGAAAUGUUGCCUACACCAGUUCCAGAAAUACAGAGAACAAAUUUAGCAACGACGGUCUUGCAAUUGAAGACUAUGGGUAUCAAUGACUUAUUGCAUUUUGAUUUCAUGGAUGCACCACCUGUUGAAUCUUUAAUAAUGGCUCUAGAGUCCUUGCAUAGUCUUAGUGCUUUGGAUAAUGAAGGUUUACUGACUCGACUUGGACGUAGAAUGGCAGAAUUUCCAUUGGAACCAAAUCUUUCAAAAAUGUUAAUAAUGAGUGUUCAUUUGCAAUGUUCGGACGAGAUCCUGACGAUAGUGAGCAUGCUCUCUGUGCAGAAUGUCUUUUACAGACCAAAGGAUAAGCAAGCAUUGGCUGAUCAGAAGAAGGCUAAAUUCAAUCAAGCCGAAGGAGAUCAUCUCACACUACUAGCUGUUUAUAAUUCUUGGAGAAAUAACAAAUUCAGUAAUGCUUGGUGCUAUGAGAAUUUUGUACAAAUUAGAACUCUGAAGAGAGCUCAAGAUGUGCGCAAGCAGCUUCUUGGUAUAAUGGACAGGCACAAAUUAGAUGUCGUGUCAGCCGGUAAAAACACAGUUCGAAUUCAAAAAGCAGUAUGCUCCGGAUUCUUUCGAAAUGCAGCCAAGAAGGAUCCACAAGAAGGUUAUAGAACUCUUGUAGACAGUCAAGUUGUCUAUAUUCACCCUAGCAGUGCUCUGUUUAACAGGCAGCCUGAAUGGGUAAUUUAUCACGAAUUGGUCCAAACGACAAAGGAGUACAUGCGAGAGGUCACCACGAUUGAUCCUAAAUGGCUGGUGGAAUUUGCACCAGCAUUCUUUAAAUUCAGUGAUCCAACAAAAUUGAGUAAAUUUAAGAAAAAUCAAAGACUGGAACCUCUAUACAACAAAUACGAAGAACCAAACUCGUGGAGAAUAUCCCGGGUGCGGCGAAGACGAAAUUAAGGACUUCUAUAAUUUUUAUUUACAAUUUUGAUUGAUAGUGUAUUAUUAAAUUAUUUCUUAAUUACUUCCAAUAGAUUCUGUAUAUAUGCUCGAAACUAUAUGUGCAGUAUAAUCUUUACCCUCUUCAAGCAAAAAUAAAAAAAUAAUUCAA